CCGCAAAAUCCCUUCCCCGCGCCUUUCAAGGAACCCAGCGCGGGCAGUACACCCACCUACCAAGUUCGCCAACUCCCCCCGACGCAUCCCGAUAUCCCACCCACAUCCACCGCCCGCGCCUUGCCCACCUUUCCUCCUUCAAACCGCCCGCAGUAUGAGCACAAGCCCAGUCCACCACGCAGUCCGGCUUCGCCCCGUAGUCCGCAGACAUCGCAAGAUCGCGGAUACGCAUCAUUGCUCGAGCCGCAUCCGCUCCCGCCUCCCCUUCCUCCACCGCUCACGCCCAGCGUCAGCAUCAGCCCCACAUCGAACGGCGAGGGCACCGUCACCGAGCUCACCGGUCUCGGCGAUGGCUCCACAACAGCCCAGAUCACCAAUCUCCAACGCCUUCUCGAUAACUUUGGGACUGCCAACGGCACGUCGAACGGGACCGAGAGCGAGAACGCGACCAUGGUACCUCCUACGUACCGUGCACCGCCGCCAAUCCCUACGCAACAGCCGUCCGUUCAGAAGGAGUUUACGCAUAUCCCCCCUCCACCACCGUUGCGCCCACCGCCACGAUUACCGCAGCCGCCCAAUGGUGCGGGUACCAACACACUCGGCGGUUACAGCAACGGCGGGACGAACAUGAGUGUGCUCUCUGGGACAUCCGAGAGCGUCGGCACGCUCGACAGCGACAGCGAAGGGCUGUGGAACGUCGCGCCUGCUCCCAGACCGGCGCCUCCCGUACCUGACCUGGGUAUCUCCGCGGAGGACUUGGAGAAUGGGACGGUCAGCAGUAUCAGUACAGAGGGAACGGGUUACUGGAAGGCGCCGCUGCGGAUGAGCCGUGGGCCGCAUCUGACCGUGUCGACGGAGCAGUUGCAGCAGCAGCGCCCGCCCGUGCCUACCGUGAACGUCACUGGAGUUGGCGUGCCAGGCCCCGCGGCCGCUUCGGGGCUGUACAAGCAUCCCAUUCCAGCCAACUUCCCGCCUCCGCCUCGCGAUCCGCCGCCGAGUCCUCCGAGAGAGCCAUACGGCGGGCGUACGCCCAGAAGGUCGAGACGGAACUUGGCCAAUGGGGCUGGGACGGCCAACGGUGGACCGGCGCCGGAUAGUAGCUGGGCGGACCGUCCGAAUCCGGAGGACGUGAUCGACAGGCUAGAGCAGUGGUUCCCGAAAUACGACGUCGACCAGCCAGUGAUUGAAUCUUCCUCGGGUGGUACAUCGCCUACAGCGGCCGUGGCUCCCAAUGUCCCGGCUGCCACGCCCAUACCACCGCACGUAUCCCAAGCCACUAAACGCGGGCACAAGAAGUCCAUUCGUGUCGUCGCCGAGGAGCACAAGCAGAGGAUCAGUAGGAUUGGGAAGGGCGUCAAGGCCGGUAAAGAUGGAGGGCUGAGCGGUUUCGCGAGCGAUGUGGCGAGGAAGAGGAGUACAAAGUUGUGGGAUAGUAAGGUCGAGGAGGUGACGCCUGGCCAGAUCAGGGCGGGGAUGCCGAGUAUCACGCCGGAGAGUCCCGCCGGGACACCUACCGCUGCGCGAAAACCGAUCUUCAAGUGGGUGCGCGGCGAGUUGAUCGGCAAGGGCAACUUUGGGCGUGUAUACCUCGCCAUGAACGUGACAACGGGCGAGAUGAUUGCUGUCAAACAAGUCGAGAUUCCACGGACGGCAUCCGACCGUGGCGACGCACGUCAAGCAAACGUCGUCGAGGCGCUCAAGCUCGAGUCCGAGACGCUCAAGGACCUCGACCAUCCGAACAUUGUGCAGUACCUCGGCUUUGAGGAGACGGCGACGUUCUUGAGCAUCUUCUUGGAAUAUGUGCCUGGUGGAAGUGUGGGUGGGAUCCUGAGAAAGUAUGGGCGAUUCGACGAGGAUGUCACGAAGAGCUUCACGAGCCAGAUCCUGGCGGGGUUGGAGUACCUCCAUUCUAAAGGUAUUCUGCACAGAGAUAUGAAGGCGGACAACGUCCUCGUCGAGCAAACGGGCAUCUGCAAGAUCUCGGACUUUGGCAUCUCGAAGCGCAUGGAGGACAUCAACGGCCAAGCGGAGACUGCCAUGCAAGGCACCGUAUUCUGGAUGGCGCCCGAGGUCGUCAACACCGGCAAGCGCGGCUACAACUCCAAAGUCGACAUUUGGUCCGUGGGGUGUAUCGUGCUGGAGAUGUGGGCGGGCGAGCGUCCGUGGCGCGAGAAGGAAGCUAUGGCGGUCAUCGUCAUGUUGUACAACGCCAAGCAGGCGCCGCCCGUGCCGCAGGGUUUGGAUCUCAGCGAACUUGCUCUGGAUUUCAGGGCGAAGUGCUUUGCUGUUAACCCGGAUGAACGACCUACUGCGGCCGAGUUGAGGAAACAUCCAUACCUUGAACUCCCGCCCGAUUGGACGUUUACAGGCUUUACCCACCGGGAUAACGCGCUCGAGGAAGCUGAGAAGUUCUGA